AUGGAAGGCUUCCUCCGCCGGCGCACACCCUACACGAUUCUGCCGACACCCCUACCAAACACUGAAACAAGCGCCCUGAACGAUUUCUACUUCACGGAUUCGCCCACGCAGGACCAACUUUCCGUCAUUGACGCCUGCCUACACAAUCUCUACGACGUUCCGCGUGCAAAGGAGAUCUUCGAGCGGCUGCGCAGCUCCGAGAAGGGCGACAUGCUGCUCGACUCAAGGGUGUACAACUCGCUCCUCAAUGCAUUCGUCGAGUUAGCUGGCGCGAAGGACGAGGACGAACGCAGUGGCUGGCUGGAUGAGGCGUGGGUGCUGUACGCGCAGAUGGAGGCACACGCAACCGCACGGCCGACAGCGAACACGUACGCACUG